AUGGGCAUCCCUACUACCAAUACGGGAAAUCUGGAGCAACGUAGACUCUUAUACCAGAAAUACGGCUACGAUAUCAACAAACUAAUCAGGACUCAUGAAAAACACGAAUCGAGAAAUCAACAUGAAGAUGGUGUCAAUAAUGAUGGAUUUAUAAUUCUCAAUGCAAAAUCAGACAAGUUAGACUAUCAACGACUAUUCGAGGCUUCAAAUAAGGACAUCUAUGCUAGUAACAAUGUUUCACACAAGAAUAACAAGAGCAAACGUCGUGGCAAUAAUGACCAAGGGUUUCGAAAAUUUACUAAAGUUUCAACAUCGUUUCGCAAAUUGGAAGAAGAAUCGGCCAAAAGGAGUCGAGAGACGAGCUGGGUGCUUAAAGAUGUACUAAAAUACAUUAAGUAUCGAUCUCAACGACUAGAUCCAUUCAUCACCAAAUGGUUUACUCCUAAAGGCAUUACCAAUACAAGCACAAAUGGAAACGGCUUUUUACUACGACUUGUUGAAUUUGGUGAACCGACAUCCAAUGGCGACACAACCGCCCUUUUAAGCGACGCAACUCACAAACUAUGCGUUAUAUUCCCUCGCAAAACCGUAUUCAACUAUAUUUCCAAUGGUGGACUUCAAUUUCAAGACGCAUACUCAAUCAACAAUUACAUCUACAUCACUAAAGCCAAUUUGAAAUUUGUAACCCAUGAAUUUAUCAAGACUCAUUUUGGAACUAAAUUGAACUAUAUCGAUACUAAAGUCAGUUAUUGUGUUUUGCAAGUGCUCGAGUUUAAAUUGAUGUACAGUGUUGAAUAUUUGCUUGCUAAUCGAGUGGCCGGAGCUCCGCCUUUAGAAAAAGUAGUUAAUGACAAUGGGUCGCAAUAUGAGGUUUAUGAUUAUGAGGACUUUGAUGUAAAUGGGGGUGCGAAUGGAGGUGAUGGAGGUGGUGGAAAUAGAGGUGGAUGUGGAGGUGCUAUGGGGCAGGUGGUGCCCAGGUUUGAUAAGUUUGCCUUAAAAUUGGUUUAUAAUAAUGAGUUGUAUCGGAAAUUGUGUUACUUGAAACCACUGGAGAGAUGA